CGUUCCAGAAGGCCGCCGAGGAGGUGAAGCAGCUCAAGUCCCAGCCGACGGACCAGGAGAUGCUGGAUGUCUACAGCCACUACAAACAGGCCACGGUGGGCGACGUGAACACGGACCGCCCUGGUAUGCUGGACUUCAAAGGCAAAGCAAAGUGGGAUGCCUGGAAUGCGUUGAAAGGAAUGUCCAAAGAAGAUGCAAUGAAAGCUUAUGUAGCAAAAGUGGAAGAACUAAAGGGCAAAUACGGCAUCUGAGGACUGGAUAUAGCAGCCACUUGCACGCUGAAACAUGCCUUAUUUCUAAUACUGUGGAAAACUGGUUUCUGAGGAUAAUUUUAAAUACCCCUGUUUUCAUGCCUGUAGUUCAGGGGAAGUUGUGUACCCAUCUAAUGUACUGACAUAUUAUAAAUUCCUUCUGGGAACAAAAUCUGGAACUCAUUAAAGUGCAUUUGGUACUUUA